GAAAACUAAUGGGAGGAAUUUGAGUUCAAAUCAACGCCGAAGAGCCACCAGCUUCAGAGAAAGAAGGAAAGGAAACUCUCCCUCUCUCUCUGUCUCUGUCUCUUUCUCUUAAGUUCUUAACGCCAUUAUUUCUCUCGUCUCAUCCAUGGAGUCCUAAGAUCCACGCUCCAACUGCGCCGCAUUGGCCUUCCCAGUUCACCGAUCUCGCUUUCGAUCUGUUUGUUUCUGCAACUGUUGAAUCUCGAAUCUCUAAGCUUCGUUCCAUCCAUCGCGGGGUCUGGGAUUAGUUUGUAACAAUGACCGCGGAUGUGGACGUGUGUGCUGUUGGCGACGUUCCAAAAGGUGACGUUGAGGAAAAGGGUAGCUAUCAGGAUCUGCGCAGAGAGAACAACGGGGUUGUGAUUAUCAGUGGGAGCAAUGCGGAUAAGGAAGAUGUCGACCGCUCUUACGUUUUCGUCGGCGGAAGCGACUCUGUUUCCAACGAUCACGUUGAGCCAACGGAUCUCAACGGGGUUGCCGAAGUCGUGGUUGUUGAGAAUGGGGAAUGUUACGAGAAUAAUGGUGGUGGUGGUGGGGAAUGUUACGAGAAUAAUGGUGGUGGUGGUGGUGGUUUAGAGGGUUCUGAAUGUGAAGUUAAGGUGGGGCAAGUGAGAGGGAGCAAUGGCGCAGAGGAGGAAUAUGGGCCGGAGGCUGUUGGGGAAUUUGAACCACAGGCACAUCCACAGCCGCAGCGGCUCGAGGUUGAAGAGCAAAUCAAGGUUGAGGAGUCCUCUGAGGAUGCACGACAGAUUAAGAGAUCCCCUCCUGUGGUUCCGGAUGCUGCUGAGUCUGAUUUAUGUAAGUCGUCCAUGCAGGUCCAUGAGGGCGGGGCACAGGAUAGUAAUUUAGGCUCAACCGCUGAAUCUGAGCUGCUAGAGAUUGCUGGAGAAGAGGAGGAUACGAAGCCUGAUUUGUCAACAGAAGGCAAGGAAAACCACAAAUCUCGGGAUAUAAUUAGCAUGGAUGUUCAAAAUGAUUUUGUACGGGAGAAGGAGGCAACUGAAUUAGAGACCAACGAGGCUCCUCUCGAAGAUGCUGCACAAGAGAACCUUGCGGUAGACAUGGCACAUUCUUCUCCUUCCCCUGUUGCUGGGAGAGAGUUAGAAACAGAAGUGAGUAAUACUGGUCCUGUUGCUGUUGAAAAUGGGGAUGGUUCGCCUAUCAAUCUUACUGAAGAUAAUUCUUUAAAAUCUCUUGGUGCCAAUCAAAUUACAGCUGAACAAAAUGGGUCUUCUGAAAAUGCUGAAAGCUUGUCCUCCACUCCAUUUGGUUGUGGAAAUGCAGUUGCUAAUGAGAUUACUGUGGAAUUGGACUCGGAGGAACAUGAGUUGGACUUGGAGCAGAACUCAAAUACAGAAGUUGUCUCCAAUGAAAAUGGAGAUUGUUUGCCUACUGAUCCUGAUCAAAAUAUCAUUUUGGAGAACUCUGCCAAUAAUGAAUCGGCUGGGGCCAUUCAAAGUACAGCUGAACAAAAUGGGUCUUCUCAAGAUGCUGAAAGCUUGCCCUCCCCUCCAUUUGUUUGUGCUAAUGAGGUUUCUGUGGAAGCGGACUCAGUGAAGCAUGAGGCGGGCUUGGAGCAGAGUUCAAAAACGAGAGUUAUCCCCAAUCAAAAUGGAAAUUGCUUGCCUACCAAUCAUGAUCAAGCUAUCAUUUCAGAAAUCUCUGUCCAUAAUGACUUGGUUGGUACCAUUAGAAGUACACCUGAACAAAACGGCUCUUUUCGAAACGUGGACCGCUUGCAUUCCCCUGUGCUGUGUGGGAGUGUACCUGAAAGUGGUGAAAGUUUCCCUACUUCUUCCAAUAAUGAUACUGCAGCAAAAGAGAAUAUUGAGAAUGGGCCUGCUGCCAAUGAGAUUCCUGUGGAAGCGGACUCAGGGGAACUUGAGGUGGAUGUGCAGCAGAGUUCAAACAUGGAAGUUGUCUCCAUUGAAAAUGGAGUUUGCAUACCUGCUGAUGAUCAAAAUGGUAUAUCUGAGAUCUCUGUCAAUAAUGACUCGGUUGGUGUCAUUCAAAAUACACCUGAACAAAAUGGUUCUUCUCAAGAUGUGGACUGCUUGCUCUCCCCUAGCAUGUUUGGGAAUAAACUUCUUGAAAGUUUCCCUACUGCUCCCAACAAUGAUACUGUAGUAAAAGAGGAUACCAAUAAUGGGGCCGAGAAUAGGCCCGAUUAUAACAUUUCAGGUUGCCAUGCUGCCGAUGAUGCAAAAUUAGAAACUGAGACUGGGUCUGUUGCCAUUGAUUCUGAAGAAAAGGUAACUGACCUUGCAGCUGAUGCCCCGAAGAAAGGACCUGAAGUUUCAAAUUUGGCCGUCGAUUGUGCUGAUGGCCAGCCUCAUCCUGUUGCUGCUACAGGCGUGCAAUGCCAUGUAAAUGGUUUUGUUGAAAAUGACUUGUCCGUGAAAUCAGAGACUGAAGUUGAAAGCACUCUCACACUAAGUAGCAGGGAUAUGCCCUGUGAUGAUGAUGAUGAUGAUAUCAAAUCCGAGUCCAAGGUGGGAGUUGGGUCUGCUAAUUUGAUUGAAAGUGCACUAAAUUGUGAUCUAGAUGUAGAUGGAGGUGAUCAAUUUACUGGUACAGAUAGUGGGAGCAAACCAUCAUAUCAAGGAGCCGAGGUAGUUUCUGGGAUUAACUGUGAUGAAACCUCUACACCUUCUCCAGAAGGAUCCACUGAUGCUUUUGAAGGGCAGAAUGCUGAGGUGGUGAAAAGGCCAUUCUAUUAUUUGAUCCGGCUUCCAAGAUAUGAUGACGAAAAUUUAAGAGAACAGACCACACAUGCUCAGCUACAAGUUGAUGAGAAGACUCGAAAUCGGGAUGCUAUUCAAGCUGAAAUCCGAAUGAAAAGAGUCACUUUGAAGGGGUAUGGUGAUAAUCUUGAAGCUACCCUGUUGGAAGAGGAAGCUGCAAGACACUUGCUUAAAUCGAAACGCAGGGAGAUGGAUUCUGCUCAAUCUGUGAUUAACAGACUGAAGAAUGUAAUAGCCGUCAAGGACAUUGAUGGCAGGAUACACAAUAUGGAACAUGCGAUGCAACAUGAGACCCUGCCUAUGACAGAAGAAAAGCAGUUUAUUCGUGAAAUCAAGCAAUUGAAGCAACAUCGUGCACAACUAUCUUCAAAUAGUCAGCAGGAUGAUGUUCAGGAGGCUUUAGAUCAGAAAGAGAAAACGGAAGCACUCUUGAAGCUUUUGAGGAAGGAACUGGAUAUACUUAGAGACAAUGUUCUGAAAGCUGAAGCUGUCACUAAAACUGCAAAAAAGAAAUACAAUGGUGAAAGUGAAAAGUUGAAGGAAUUACAUGCUCAGUUUACAGCUGCAGAUGCUAUUCGCCAAGAAGCAUACGCACAUUUACAGAGCUUGAAGAAACAAUUUCAUGAGAAGAACAAACACUUUUGGAAGUACAGGGAUGACAUUAAUGCAGCUGCUGAUUUAGCAUCAAAAGUGAAGAGGGAGGAACUUCAAAGAUUUUGUGUUAACCAGGUUGAGAAAGUUAUGGAACUGUGGAACAAAAAUGAUGAGUUCCGGAAAGAAUACAUCAGGUGCAACACUAGGAGUACAUUGAGGAGACUAAGGACGCUGGAUGGCCGAUCACUUGGUCCUGAUGAGGAGCCACCUUUAAUUCCCAAUGUUGUUUAUGAAAGAAUGCACAAGGCUUUGCCCCCACAGUCAGCUGCUGAACAAGGAAAACAAAUUGUACAACUGGAAACUGAAAAGGUGAAGGAAAAACCCCUCACGGUAGUUGUGGAGCAAAAGAAACAAACUACUAAAUCUAAAAUACCUGUGAAACCUUUGGGGAAUGGCUUAGCAACUGUUUCUGGCAGAGAGGAGAUUGAAGAGGCAAGAGAAGAAGAGCCAAAGCAAACGAAGGAGGAAGAGGAGUUGGCUAGAAAAAUGGAGCAAUUGAGAAGGGAAGAGGAAGAAGCCAAGUUGAGGGAGCAACAUUUGUUGGAGGAGAAGGCCAAGGCCAAGGAGGCCCUGGAGAGGAAAAAGCGAAAAGCAGAAAAGGCGCAAACCAAGGCUAUGCUCAGAGUACAGAGGGAAGCUGAAGAGAAAGAGAAGGAAAGGGAAAAGAGAGCAAGGAAGAAGGAAAGAAAGAAGGCAGCUGCAGCGGCAGUAGAGGCUACUGAUGGUGAUAAUAAAAAAGAAGCUUCUCCAGGCUCAGAAACUCCAACCGAAAGUCUCAAGGAAUCUGAAACUAGAGAGAAGCCCAUUACUAAAACAAAGAGGUCUAAAAAACCUUCACAGUUUAGUAAGCAGAGCAAGGGAAAAUCAAUUCCUCCGCCUCUUCGCAACCGCAACAAGAGAAGAAUGCAGCCAUGGAUGUGGGUACUGCUAACCGCUUUGAUUGUUUUUGCAUUGAUCUUGGUGGGGAACAGCAGCUUCUCUUUUGAUUUUGGGCGUCAAAGGUUUGGUUUUUAAGUACUCAUCCAAAUUACAUAAGCAUUAUUAACUACUAGGGUAUCCUAUAGAAGUUGGGCGAGACAUUUACGUAGAUAAAAUAUAAGCAAUUAUUCUUUUUU